UUAGAUGAGAUAUAGUUUUCAAAAUCUGGAAUGAAACCAAAUAAAUUGCUGGGAAACGAGUCAGAGUAGUUCAAGCCUAAUUCUGGCAGGGAGUAUAAGGAGGGUGAGGGUGAGUAGACUACCCGAAGCAAACUGCUAGGAAACGAGGCAAAGUAGUUCAGACGUAGGCUUGGAAAGGGGUAGCUUAAGUGAACUAGACUAGCCGCAAGAUGGCCAUGACCGAUAAACUGCAGAUAUUUCCAUCUCGGGCCAAUGCGGUGUUAAUGAAGCAAAAGAUUGGGGCCGCUAAGCGUGGCAUGGGUCUGCUGAAACGUAAGCGUGAUGCGAUCGAUCUAAAGCUGCGCGAGCUCAAAAGCCAAAUGUCCGAUAAGGAGGAGCAAGUGGAUAAUAUGAUGCGCACGGCCAUUUUCUCGGUGGCCAAGGCUAAUCUGUUGGGCACGGACUUCAAGCCCGUGAUAGUGGCCGACAGUCGUGUUGCAACUGCAUUUCUACGGCGGCGCCAACAGAAGAUUGUGGGCAUCACGAUGAACUACUUUGAACUGAAGGUGAACGAACAGGGCGCCUUUCCGCUGGCAGGGCUCAGCUGUGGGGGCCAGCAGGUCCAGAAGGUGCGCAAGUACUUUCAAAUGGCGCUAAAAGAGAUCGUCGAAUACGCAUCGCUGGAGUACAUGUUGCGCUUGAUGCUGCAGGCCUCGCAUCAGACCAACAUGCGUGUGAACGCUCUGGACUACGUGGUCAUACCCCGGCUGAUCAACACUUCCAACUACAUCGACGGCGAGCUGGAGGAGUUCGAACGUGAGGAUUUCUAUAGACUCAAACGUUCGCAGGCCAAGCAACUAGAGGCCAAGAUUGCCUUCUCAGAGCUAAUCAAGACCAAGAAUAUGACGAAGGAGGAGCUGGCUGCUUUUAUCAAGCGCGGCGGUCACUUGCAUCCUGUCGCCGAUGUGGGUUUCGAUUCCAACGAAUUUGAAAAUGAAACCGUGGAGGACCGUUUGCGUAAGGCUUACCUGCAGCGCCACUCUCACCAUCGCAUUCCAUUGAAACGUGGAGAGGAACUACCGCCACCGGAUCCUCACGCCGCUGUCUUCUUGCAGCGCACAGUUAUGCGUGAUCCCCGCUCAAGCAAAGCCAGUUUCAUCUCCCUGCGUGCACGCACCAAUAUACCGAAGCAGCCAAGCUCAUCCACAUCCAGCGAAAGUGACCCAUAAGUUUAUUCCCUACUUUAUAAUGAUUAGUUAUGCUACUCACAAAUGAAUCAUUAAAUCAAUAGC